AUAUUAUUAUGCUUCAUCAUCUCUCAAAAUAGAGAUUCACUCUCAACAAAGCCGCCAAUUUAGAUUCAAUCAAAGUGUUUAUUAAAGACCUUAAAGAUAUAACAUCAAUUGUUCCUUGCAAAUUGGAUGAAACUGAGGUUUAGCUCUCUCUAUAAAUUCAUGCUUUAGAUAAAAGUUGGAAAAUUGUAAGAACUUUAAUAAUAGCAUUAGAAUUCAAAAUAUUUGGCAAAAGAGUAUAAAUUUGAUACUUUCAAAUAAGCAUUUGUAUUCAUGAAUACAAUUUCACAUAUGGCUGAUGAGAUGAAUCGUAAUUAUUAAUUUUUAUUUAGAUUACCCUAAAUGGAUUAAUGUUUAUAAUAGACUAAAUGUAGAAAUAACUACUCAAGAUGUAAGUGGUAUUUCAAUUAAAGAUGUGAUCUUGGCACACUUAAUGGAAUCUGUAUUUAAAGAUGUUAAAGAAUCAAAUUAAGAAAACAUCGGUGAAAUUAUUAAGGUGUCACCUAAUUAAUUGUUACAAAUUUGGAAUACAAAUUACUCAUAAUAUUAGGAGAUUUUGAAAAAAAAUGUUCAUAAUCUCUGA